AUGGAGGAAGAACACACUGAAUGGGUCGAGGAGCAGCUUCCAGACUGGCAACGAGCAAUAUACAUUGUAAACCCUUCGACGGCAACCGUCGCCGAUAAGCAUAGGCUCAAGACACCAUUGAACAAGGGUCAUGAAUCCAUGGCCUAUCUGACCUAUUUAAUCGAUUACUAUGACAAGCUCCCUUCUAUCAUUGCAUUCCUUCAUUCACACCGCGGGGGCUUCUUUAAGGCGUGGCAUGUUGACGCCCCUUUACACGACAAUGUAGUGGCUAUGCGAUCUCUCCAACUCGAUUUCGUCAAAAAGAACGGCUACAUCAAUCUCCGGUGUAACUGGAAUCCCGGGUGUAAACUGGAGCAUCGCAUCAACCGCCAUGUGACUGAAAAUGUCUGGCAAGAAAUAUUCAGUGGAACGAGCACUCCGGCCCAGAAUACCACUAUGCCUUCGAAUCUUGAAAUCAGCUCAAUAUCGAAUGCCAUGCAUAGCCAGAAAUACCUUCCAAAACCGAAGCACAUCGGCGCUGCAUGUUGUGCACAGUUCGCUGUGUCGCGGGAGCAGGUUCUCCAGCGGCCGCGAGAGGACUAUAUCAAAUUUCGACAGUGGGUUAUGGACACGAAUAGAGACGAUGCCAGCAGCGGAAGAAUUAUGGAGUUCCUAUGGCAUGUCAUUUUUGGCAAAGAAUCUGUCUACUGUCCGGACGAAGAAGUUUGCUAUUGCCAAGUGUAUGGGAGAUGUUGA